UUGUCCGACGUCUCCAGGAUAUUUGAUCCUCUCGGACUCUUGGCACCCAUUGUAAUACAGUUUAAGAUUAUCUUCCAAAAACUCUGGCUCUUAAACUUGGAUUGGGAUGACCCACUUCCAACUAAACUAGCGGACAACUGGCUGAAGUGUAGAGAAGAUCUAGACACUCUACAAAAAUUCCAACUACCACGCUUCGUUGCCAACGACGCAGACAAUAUCGAACUUCACGGAUUUUCGGAUGCCUCAACCAAGGCGUAUGCUGCUGUGGUGUACAGCAGAGUUACAAAUGACGACGGAUCCAUCUCGGUGUCCCUUGUGGCUGCGAAGACAAGGGUGGCGCCACUGAAACAACAAUCCUUGCCACGCCUGGAGCUUUGCGCAGCACUUCUUCUGAGCCAACUCAUUCGUUCGAUCUCCUCUGGAUUACGCCACAAGAACAUAACUGUUUUUGCCUGGUCCGACUCAUCAAUAGUGCUGUCCUGGUUAUCUUAUGCACCAGCCCAACUAAAGACUUUUGUUGGAAACAGAACCUCGGAAAUCCUUGACACUCUUCCUAGGAAGGCCUGGCGGCACGUAGACUCCAAAUCAAACCCAGCUGACUGCGCUUCCAGAGGUCUGAUGGCUGCUGACCUCAUCGACUUCCAUUUGUGGUGGAAUGGACCUUUGUGGCUACGGGACCAGGAUCAAUACCUGGUAAAGUUGAACGAUUCACGUUUUGGUUUAUCUCUUUCAGACAAACGCAUUCAAGGAGAAGUCAAGUCCAACUGUUUGGCUACAGUGGCUGUUGCAACUCAGGUUCAUCCACUGGAUGAGCUGAUCGCACGAGUUUCUUCUUGGCUCAAGCUAGUUCACAUUGUAGCCUAUGUGAAGCGAUUCAUUCAAUGCACACAAAACCCGUCCUGCGAUAGGGCCUCAAAAGCUCUUACAUUCGAAGAGAUUAAGGCAGCAAGGAUCAUUUGUAUAAAACACGCGCAGCAUUGUUUCCACGAGGACUAUCAAUUACUCCUUGCCAAGAAACCCCUAAGGAACCGAUCGCAGCUGGUCAAACUUGCACCAAUGAUAGACGAAAACGAUUUGCUGAGGGUAGGCGGAAGACUGCACCAAUCGCAGUUGUCACGAGAGGCAAAACACCCAGUUUUGCUACCAAAAACGCACCGAAUCUCGAAGCUGAUUCUGGAACACGAGCACCGAGUAAAUCUUCACCCUGGCGUUUCUUCCUUGUUUGUAAUCGUUCGUCAGAGAUUCUGGAUACUUGGAGCACGUAAUCUCAUUCGCAGAAUCACACACGACUGUUUAUCCUGCUUUCGUCAACGCCACCACACCGCCCAACAACAAAUGGCUGAUUUACCCAGCGUGCGUGUCACUCAAGCCCUUCCAUUUGUCAAUACUGGUUGCGACUAUGCAGGUCCAAUCCUUCUAAAGGAUGCCAAAGUUCGGAAGCCACGUAUCAGCAAGGGCUACAUUUGCCUGUUCGUAUGUAUGGUCACCUCGGCCAUACACCUGGAACUUGUCACAGACCUGACAACAGAAACCUUCUUGGCUGCCUUGCGCCGCUUCACAUCCCUACGUGGCAAGUGUAGCAAAAUCUACAGCGAUAACGGAACAAACUUUGUUGGAGCUAAGCGAUCCCUCAACGAAAUGCAAGAAUUGCUUUCAUCACAACGACAUAAGGACAUCGUCACAUCCACUCUGGCGGAUGAUGGAAUCCAGUGGGUACUCAUUCCCCCUAGAGCUCCUCAUUGGGGAGGGAAAUGGGAGUCGGCAGUUCGCUGUGUCAAACUGCAUCUGCGCCGAGUCACCGGCAACUCAACGCUCACCUUCGAACAGAUGCGCACCUUGCUUGCUCAAAUCAGCGCAGUGAUAAAUUCACGCCCCUUAUGCUACACAUCGGAUACCGAAGACAACUACUUAUCACCCGCCCACUUCUUAAUUGGGCGACCGUUAACAACCGUGCCAGAUCCUGACUUAAGCCACAUCCCUGUGGGUCGAUUAGGAUAUUGGCAAAGCAUCCAGGCUAUGCUUCAAGGAUUCUGGAAGAAAUGGCACCAGGAGUAUCUGACUACUCUGCAACAACGUCCGAAAUGGACCACUUCAACACCUAACCUCUCGAUCGAUGAUGUAGUUCUCGUUAAGGAGUCCAAUACGCCACCAGCAUCUUGGCACAUCGCACGGGUUAUGGAAACCUAUCCAGGGAAGGACAACCUCGUUCGAGCAGUCAAGCUGAAGACAUCAACAGGAGAGAUGACCAGGCCAAUCACGAAGAUUGCCGUCUUGCCCAGUUCAGAAACUGUGUUUCAGGGCGGGCCGGGAUGUUCCUGAACGGUUGCAGUCUUUAAUAACCUCUCAUCAUUAGGCGCAUAAUGCCAUCUCUAUCCUAUGUAAUAUAAUAUCGAUAUACAUAUAUAUAUACCAUUUUUCGAUUCUGGCAACGCUGCUACGACAGCGUCUUUUUGUGAAAUUCAUAUCAGUAUCAAAUAGGCUUCGAAACCGUCAAGAAUAAAAAUCACAUACAGUCCACACACAAAUCGUUUAUAUUUCUAACCAACAUGAAUAUAUAAAGAAGAGCAUAUCUAUAAUCCGCAGCUUUUCUCCACCGACAUUGCUACUCAAGAAUUCUGACGAGCACUCACCUCAUCACAGGCGGAGCAGCGAG